AACCCAUCCUGUUUAAAGUUAGUGCUAUACCAGGAUGCCUUUGAAGUUGUAAAUCCUCUAGGCUCUGCAAAGACCAAACAUAAAGUAUUAGCUGUUUAUGUGUCUGUUGCUAAUCUGCCACUUCAUGUACGGUCUGACACAGACCACAUGUCACUUGUUUUAUUGUGCAGAGAGAAAGAUUUCAAAGAAUUUGGCCAUGCUAAGGUGUUCUCUGAAUUUCUACGCGACUUGAAGGAAUUGGAGGAGAAUGGGAUAGUGACAUCUCAUGAAACGGUAGUCAGAGGGACCUUGUAUUGCAUUGCUGGCGAUAAUUUGGGCUCGCAUUGCAUUGGGGGUUUUUCUGAAAAUUUCAGUUGUUCUCAAUAUUUUUGUCGGUACUGUCUCAUAACUCGAUCUGAAUUUCAGGGUGAUGAUCCAAAUCUGUGUGGACCAGAGCGCACCAUUGAGAAGUACGAUUCUGCCAUUGAGCGCCUCCAGACUGAAGAUACAUCAGAAGGAGUGAAGUUCAGAAAUGGAUAUUUCAGCGCAAAACAAUAUCAGAAGUUCCAUUACUAAGGUGUUGCCAGACCUCCCAGACCCAAUUCUAAACCUUGUGGAGGAGACACUACAAUCAUUGGGGGUUGAGACCACUGAGGAUUUUCACUUUUUACAGGAGGCUGAUCUUGCAUCAGUUUUACGACCAAUACAAGCGAGAAGAUUGGUUGCUGCAUGGAAACAAACCAUUCAGAGCCCUGAAACCCACAGCCAGUCAGCCGUCAGUCCUUCAGUCUCACCUCUCACCUCUUCUAACUCCACUCACUCCUCACUCUCACCUUGCACCUCACCCAGCAAUCUGAUUAGAACUGCAGAUUGGGUUGACAGCUUUCAGAUUCCAUGGGGAACAUUUCCUGAAGACUUGAUGCAGUGCUUGGAGAGAGGGAAAAGGCCAAGCCCACUUUUUCGGCGUGAAAUGAUCCGGAUUGUUGUCUCUGCAAUGAUGAACACUUGUGCAUCUCCAAGUAAACUAGAGUCUACAGAAGUUGCCAAAAAAAUUGUUGCCAAGUAUCCACAGUCCCUAAAAGAUGUCAUAGAAGGUGAGGUAGUGGGAGCAGGAUAUCACUCACUAGUCAAACAGCUACAAGCCCGCAUUGACAACGUGAAGCGGCCUUCAGCACCAAGGAUUAAGAGGCGUAAACCGGAAACGGGUGACUCAGACACAGAUGAAAUCCCAGCUGAGCAAAGGGCAGUUGUUCAGGACACAUAUGGCUGCAUAAAGUGGAAUUUGAAGUUCAUGCCAGUCAGUGAGACAUUGGAAAGCCAACAGGAGAAGAAGGAUAAAAUGAAGAUGCUUCGUGAACAGCAUACUUUCAGUCCAGAAGAGGUAAAAGCCCUUAUGAAGUGCACUUACUACUCCCAACGUCAAGCAAUAAACACAGGAACAGAUCUCCAACACCUAAUAGAAGAAUGGCCUUUUUUAUUUGAAGAAAUUGGGAAGACCGUCCAUUUCCUAGAGCUCACAGGACUACCACUUAAGGAUACUUUUCUCAAUAGUGUUGAAAAAAAGGGAAAACGGCUUUUGAACUUUAUGACAACUGUCUGUGCAGACAAGAACAAACGGGUCUUGGAGACUGUAAUAAAGCUGAAAUUUCUGAGAGGGCCGUUGGAGGGCAGCUCAGGUGACAUCAAGGAUAUGGUGCUGCUUAUUCUCUCCUACUUCAAUGAAAAAGAGGAGCACCUCUUCCACUACGUAGAGGAGACAUGCCUGGCAAAUGAAGUCCACGUGGAAAGCUUGCCUGUGACCCCUUGCAUCAUUGUAUGUGGAACCUGCUGCUAUGGUGCAAGGCAGUUCAUGCUCAGCAUAGACGGCAAGAUUGUGAACGACCAAAUCUCCAACUUCACCACUGCCAUCUGCUUGAUGUUUGGUAGCUACUACUGCCUGAACAUCCACUAUCCAGUAGAUCUGGGAUCCACCCUUGAGUUCCUUCAGAGGUGUUUCUUCAACAUCAACCCUGAGAGGGGCACAAAAGUUGAAACAAAGAAGAACAAGAAGCAGCUGACAGUAAACCCGAGAGUCCUCACCCUCAUCGCAGAUCUCGCUGAUCAUGAGUGGAGAGAGACAAAUUAAACUGUGAUAUACAUUUUGAUUGCCUACCUUUAUUAUUUUGAAAAUGGAAAAUUUUAUUUUUUAAAUUUGCAAAUUUUGAUUUUAGUUAAUGUAAGUUUUACAUGAGUGAAGUGCAACGGAUUUUAAAGUAAAUUGGAAUACUGUACUUUUAAGAUGUGUUUGUGAUCGUGAUUUUUCAUAAUACAGUUUCAAGUGUAAGUGCGGAGUAAUUUUAACCCAGGGUAUUUUUUCAGCAUGACAACAGGUCGACCAGCCCUUCAAGAGACAUAUUUCGUUGAUCAUAGUUUGACUGUCUUCGGUGCUAACAGCUCAAACAGCACUAACAUUGCAGUGCUAAGGGUGGUGCGCCAAACUAAUCAAAAUCGCAUCAUUAAACUGAUCAAUGAAAUCUGUCUCUCAAAGGGCUGGGUUGAAAUUACUCUGGACUUAUACUUUAAGUUCGUUAUUUUUGUAAUUGUACAACACAAACAGUUUGUUAAGUGUAUACCACCAGUUUGUUUUUAUUAGAUGGAAUGACUAAAUCCUCAAAAAAAAACAACUGUGCAAAUGUUAUAUUACAGUUCUGAAGUCAGUUUUUUCAAUUACUAUGCUGGAAUUAGAUUUUCUGAACAUUCUCCAGACUCUAACCAACAACUUUAAGAAAAUUAGAGGUAUUAAAAAUAGCAUUAUUCAAAACAAAUGCAAAAGCCAUGUCUUUGUUUGUAUGUUUAAGUGUGGCUUGAUUAAUGGGAACUUUGUGUUUUGUUGUAUUCCCUUUGAAAAUUCAGUAGCUGUGUGUGAUAAAAAUAAUGCCAGCAAACUGUAUGUUCUCAUGUGUUCUACUGUAUUUUAUGCGGUGAUAUUCUGGCAACCACAGCUGCCAGAAAUUUACUGUAGAUCAAACUGCAAUAAAAUACUGUGAUAUAUGA